ACCGCGGGACAGCAACAGAGCGAGAGCGAUACGCCGGGAAUCCCGGGGGGCUGCAGGGACAGCGGGCAGAAUGGCCACAACCCGAGUGAUUCCGGCUCGGAAGGUGCAGAGAUUCAUUCGGAGCAGCGGCGGCGGCGGCACGGGCAAGGAGCGGGAGCCGGGCCGCCCCCGGUUUGCGGAAUGCUAUGAGCUGGGCCCGGUGCUGGGCAGCGGAGGCUUCGGCACGGUUUACUCGGGCAGCCGCCUCUCGGACGGAGCAGCGGUCGCUAUCAAACAUGUCUCGAGAGACAGGAUCACCGACUGGAAGCUGCUGAAUGGCUCUGUGGUCCCUCUGGAGAUUGUGCUGCUGAAGAAGGUGUCAACUGGAUUCCGAGGGGUGAUCCAGCUGCUGGACUGGUAUGAGCAGCCUGAUGGCUUUCUCCUGAUCAUGGAGCGCCCAGAGCCAGUGCAGGAUCUGUUUGAUUAUAUCACGGAGCAUGGUGCACUGACGGAGAACACAGCCCGUGGUUUCUUCAGGCAACUGCUGGAGGCGAUAGAACACUGUCACUGUUGUGGAGUGGUCCAUCGGGACAUCAAGGAUGAGAAUAUCCUGGUGGAUCUCCGCACUCACGAGCUCAAACUCAUUGACUUUGGAUCUGGAGCAUUGCUACAGGAUACAGUCUACACAGAUUUUGAUGGUACCCGUGUGUACAGCCCCCCAGAGUGGAUCACCCAUCACCGUUACCAUGGCCGCUCAGCCACAGUUUGGUCACUUGGGAUUCUACUGUAUGAUCUGGUCUUUGGAGACAUCCCCUUUGAACAGGAUGAGGAGAUUACACAAGGAACUAUCCCCUUUCGGCAGCCUCUUUCUGCAGAGUGUCAAGAUCUUAUCCAGUGGUGCCUGUCUCUCCGGCCAUCUGAUCGCCCAACGCUGGACCAGAUCCUGUCUCACCCAUGGAUGAAGCAGGGCACUGAGGAACUGAGUAUGAAGGGCCUUGAACUAUCGGACAGCUCCAGCCACGAGAGUUUGUGAUCUCCUGGAGCCUUAAAGCUGAGUCUAGGCAGCAGACUAUGUAUGUUACCUAUCGAGGUAACCCCAGCAGAAACGGAGGGCCACCAACCCUCAGGGUGAACACCAGGGCACAGAAUGAUGCCACAGCAGAGCACAGCAGAAGACUUAUUGGCAUGGGGACUGAAGUUAGACUGUUGGCAUUAUAUAGCCAGAGGGCUACUUGGAAUACUGGACUUUUACCAAGGACCUCUGUUGAAGGGGACAGUGACUAGUGGGUACAGGCUCAUCACCAAGGGGUGCAGGUCUGUCACUGUAUAACACUGGGGUACAGUACUGGUGGGGGACAGGUCUGUCACUGUAAAACACUGGGGGAC